UGAGCCUGCACUCAAUGGUCACGACUUGGCGUUGAUCUUCCAACAUUGCAGGGAAUUGGGCCUUGAAGAAUGUAUCAACCAGAUGAUCGGCAGAAUUCUGGAAGAGAUUGACACGAUGGACAUGAAAGACUUUCCAACCUCGAUCCUGCCUUUGCUGGAAGAUUUACUCUCGGACAUCAAAAAGGGCGAAGUGAAUGCAGAAAGAUUCAAGCGCUUGUUCCAGACAGGCCUAGCGAAAUACAUCGUGACUUACGUCAGUGAUGAGCCCAAGCAACUCAACUGGUCACGAGAGCCGACUAAAUGUAAUGGCGACUAUCGCGGCUACUUUCCUGGCCAUGGGGUUACAAAGCCAAAAGCAGGCACCUGCCAGGAUUGCCAGCAGAUGAACGUCUUCCUCCAGAGCCCUACCGAGACAGUCUGGCGUUUCCCUGCUGCAGAGGCACGCCGAAAGCACCUCAUUAACAAACUCAGCGACAAGCACGAGUGCUUCACCACUAUCGAGAAGCCUCGUACACCGUUCAGUCUUGUAGUGACCAAGCACAAGAGAAGUAUGGACGAGAAGCAUCGAAAAUGGAAGGCGCGAGUUUCCGAGGUCAAAGGACACUUACAGAGCCUCGAAGGUCGCCAUCGUAUCCUGGACAAUGUCCUCCACGAGAGGUAUGCCGAUAUCAUGGCUGUACGUGUGAAGAAUUUGAGGGGUGAAGCGGGUCAGGCUGUAGAAGGGUCUAAUGAUAGAAGCGACCAUACUCAAGCUGGUCCUUCGCAGGUAGCAGGUCAAAAGAGGAAAGCAGCCGUGGUUGAUCUGACGGAUGACUAAGAACCUACGCAAUAUUGGAACAACCUCCACCUAUUGUCGAGGUAUCUCUAGUUG